AUUACUCAAGACUUGAUUUCUUUUCAUAUUCUUCGUCAACAAGUAAAACUCACAGCGACCACACAACAAUCCAUUUUUUCAAAUCAAAACUCUCUUCGCUUCAUCUCACCCAAAUUCUCUAUUGAAUUCCCAAAUUCACACCAUGAAACUGAGGCUGAGAUCACUUGAAACCAAAGAAACCCUAAAAAUCGAAGUCCUCAAUUCAUCCUCUCUCCAAAACCUCAAAGAUGUCAUUCUUCAGAGAAUUUCUUCUUCUUCAUCUUCCAUACACCUUUCUCUUAAUCGGAAGGACUCUAUUCUAGGUUCAUCUCAAGACUCUCUUCAGUCUCUAGGUAUCACAUCUGGCGAUCUUAUCUUCUACACGCUCAACCCUAAUGGGUUUUCCUCAGAGACAGAAACCCUAACACCCCAAUCCCAGGCCCCUCAAAAACCCAAUUCAGAGCACCCUCAGAAUUCACAGAAAACCCCAACAACAGAAACCCAUUUCCAGGAAGAACAAGGGGUGAAUACUGAAAACCUAGGUAAAGAAGAAACCCUAGAAUUUGAAUCUGGGCAGGCUCAGAUUCAACCUGAAGAAGAUAAAAAUUCGGUUGUAUCUGGAACUGAGUACAUGGAUGUUGAUGAUGAUGGGUCUGUGGCUGAAGAGGGGAGGUCUGUGCCUUGUUUUCUGAGGAAAGUGUUUGGGAAAGAGGUGGUUGGUGAUGGUGGUGGUUAUCAGCUCUUGGUGAUUGCUGUUCAUGCUGUUUUGCUAGAGUCUGGCUUUGUUAGAGUUGACCCUGUCUCAAAAUUGAUUCUUGAUGGGUUUAAUCCCGCCGAAUGGCCUUCAUCUUCGUUCAAGAUGGUAAUUUCAUACACUCUUCCUGAGAUUAUUGAUAAUGUGAGAUCUGUUGAAACUGUUGUAUUGAAGUUUGUGAGUUUAGGGAAGUUUCUCAACAUUUAUGGAUUUCCUGGCUCUUAUCAAGUGUACCUGGACAAAGAACGCUUGGUUCCGUUCUUGAAUGUUGUGUGGGCGAAUUGUGGUUCCUUUGAGGAAUUGAAUGGAAAGGAUUUGUAUUCUGAUACAUACCCUGAAAAGGAGGUGUUUGAAUUUUGGAAGAUCAUAAAGGAUAAAAUUGCAUUGCCUCUUCUAAUUGAUUUAUGUGAGAAGGCUGGUUUGGCACCUCCACCUUGCUUUAUGCGCUUACCCACUGACCUUAAACUUAAGAUUUUGGAGUCACUGGCCGGUGUUGAUCUUGCUAAAGCGGGAUGUGUAUGUUCGGAGCUGCUCUAUUUGUCCUCGAACGAUGAUUUGUGGAAGCAGAAGUUUGUGGAGCAGUUUGGCAAUGUGGAAGGAUCACAUGGAGGGAGCCAUUGGAAAGAGAAGUUUGCCAAGUCUUGUGAGAGUAGGAAAAGGAGAAAGAUGGGUUUGAAAUAUUUUCGGAGGCUUCCCUAUCCAUCUCUUUUGCCUGUUAGAAGAGACCCUAAUCCAUUGUGGGUUCCAAGAAUUAUAGGUGGUGAUUAUGAUCUCUUGCCAGAUGUUGGCAUCCCACAACCUGGCCGAGCCUUUCCUCAUUUUCCAGCGCUGCGGAAAUUCAGGCUUCAUUGUGAUUUGAGAGGACUGGAACCUGGGAGUUUGAACGACCCUUGAUCAUGGUUGAAUGCUGAUUCCAAGUCCAUUUGGAGGUAGUACAAUGUAUAUGCUAUUAAGGUUUGUUUUUUUUGUUUUUUUUGUUUUGGUGUGUGUGUGUCUAUUACAAGCAUAAGAGACAGUCAGGAACAUGUCUUGUUUUGAAUAAUUUAUAUGGUUUUCAAUAUGUAUAUAGAUGAUCGUCAACUGUUGUUGUUGCUUUA